GCCAUGACCAGCCUCUUCUCUGACGCUGAAAUCCAAGCUGUCUUGCAUGUUACUCCUGACUCGCUCGCGGAAUAUAGCGGCAUCAUCGAUGUCCCAGACAACAACCAGACGGACGAGGUGAAAGCGAUGUUUCUUGAUCGUCAGAUUGCCAUCCUACAGAGACAGCAGCAUACAGAGUCUGAAAAGCUGUACUGCGCAUUUGCAGCAAAAUAUCUACCAGAGGCCGUUGCUGCAUUCAAGGCGCAGUUGGAGGCCUACUGUCCACCCAUGGUCGUUAUCAACGUCGUCACUACCACCCCGUAUUUCAUCCGUUUCUCGCGUCUCCCAGGUGGAAGAGAUCUCGCAGCGAUCAUGGCUUCAAAGGUCGCCGCCAUCCCCCUUGACCGAACAGACAUUCAGGAAGAUAUCGCUGCCGCCAUCGGCCAGUUCCUGGCAACCCUGCUAGCGGUGCAAGGGGUAGAAUCUGUGUCAGGAGAGGACCGAGAGAAGGUCCUCAAGCUGUUCCGCAAGUGGUCGAACAAGUUCUCUGGAAGUUUUGCGGAGGAGACGCUAGGUCGCUGUAUCGACGGUUUCGAGGGCGAAAGCAUAAUGCAGCAGAUGAUGGCUGGGAUGAGAGAGAUGCUCUCGAAACCAGUUGAGGAAUGCGGAGCCCCAAGAUGUGAGAAGCGACACGAUCCGGGAACAACGAACCUGAUGCAAUGCGGCAAGUGCAAGACAGCCGUCUAUUGCAGCCCCCAACACCAAAAGCUGGCAUGGAAAAAGCAUAAGCAGCUGUGUUAUCCGACGGCUUUCUGAUCCCACUCCAGGAAACUCAACUUAAUCUUAUAUUAUCUUAGCGCAAUCUACUCGAUGU